AUGGAUCAGCACAAGACCAAUCUUCCUCGCCUCGCAAAGAUCCCAAAGUCUGUGCAGGGAUUGCUUCCUCUCAGAACACACGUCACUGGAGUGCUAGUACACACCCGGGCACCUCAUGGAAAGUUAGCUCACGUCUACAUUGACAUGCUGCAAUUCCCUCAUGACUGCAACGUUACGAUUCAUGUGCUGCUCAAAUCCUUGAUUGCUCUAGAUCAUCUCCCACCAGUUCUCAACAUCCAACUGGACAAUACAGCAAAAGAAAACAAAAACAAGUUCUUCCUGGGGUUUUGCGCAUUGUUGGUAGAACGAAAGAUAUUCACUAAGGUGCGGGUAAACUUCCUACCUGUUGGUCAUACUCAUGAGGACAUUGACCAGCUUUUCUCAAGGAUAUCUAAGCAGCUCACUCUAAAAGGAGCUGAAUCUUUACCAGAUCUCCAAAAGCAGAUUACACAGUCAAGCACACCUACCCCAACGGUUGAGGUACUCAAUACUAUUUCUGAUGUGAGGUCGUGGCUGGAACCUUGUAUUGACGGACUAAAUGGUCACUCUCUUCCACAUUGCUUCAAAUUCUUUUUAGAAGAUGGGAAAGCUGUGAUGUAUUUCCGGCAUUGGAGCAGUGAUGCUUGGUGCAAUGCUGAUGUAGCAGUGAAACUACUUCUGGAGAUUCCAUGUGGCAUUCCAAAUAGAGUUCACCUGUCUGACAACAAGAUAGACCUGCCACGUCUACACAUAGAUAUUCCAAAGUUUUAUUCUUGGAUCUCUGAUGAUGCUCGUAUUUGGUGGGAGCAAUUUGAUAUGGACGCUGUCUACUCUGAUGAUGAAUUUGGAAUUACCCCCUGGCCCUUGCUACAUCUCCAAGAAGUUCGUCAACUGGCCCAACUCCCAGCCUCAGGAUCAGCAGAUAUGAGCUGUGAUGCGCCUCAGAAUACCCAGCUUCAAGCUCUAUUUGCUGCAGAGAAUGAAGAGUGCAAUGUGUACACUGGCGCCUACCGAAAGCAAUCACGGACAGACGUUAGGGAGGUGCAGGAUUUAGCAGGUCUCAAGAUUGAUCAGUUGCUGGCAGUCAGAAGCUGUCCAAGCAGUAACAUCGAGCCAUGGAUUGCUCAACUUCGAUCGAUCUCAGAUUCAGAGGUAGGAGUUGUCUGGAUGGAAGGGAAGUACAACAGCAAAUGGAAAGUGGCAAGAAGACAGGAUCCAGAAAACAAGAGGAAGCGAAUUGAGUGGGAAGAUUCAGUCACGAAAUCCUCAAUACUCUUGUACGAUUUCCAGUUGACGUCCACCGGUCAUCUACGUAAAAAGACAAUAGAACAUUUAAAGAGUGUAUACCAAGAGCUAAAGCAAAGUAACACCUAAUGUUGUGUAUAUUUCA